UGUGAGGGAUGGCGCCUCUCAAAGAAGAAGGAAUGGAGAGAGUAUAAGUUUGGUUGAAGUAUCACUAAGUAUGUCGAGGUCUUUUCACGGACAGUUGUAGUCAAGACACUGUCCUGCAAGACCAAGUGUACCUAUCAUUUCCUAAACAUUAUUAUUUUACAAUUAAAAUAUCUACCAAUUAUUUAAAAAAUAAAUUAAUUAAUAUAUUUUCUUUUUGUUAUUUUAAACAACAAAAAAAUUUAUAAUUAAAAUUACUUUUUUAAUUUUUUAAUAGAUCUAUUUAAAAAAGUGUAAACGAGAGUGAUUCGUGUUUAUUUUUUUCAAGUGGAAUGAUAGUUAAUAAAUGAUGAUUUUUUCAUUGAGGUUGACGUCAUGGGUGCUAGGAAUUUUUUUAAUUAUAAAUUAUUCAUUACUGAUUGUACUGGCAUUUGAUGACAAUCCACAAUAUCAAAAUCAACGACAUGCAUAUCGAGCAAAUAAUCAUCAAACACGAAGACAAUAUGAAAACUGGGAUAAUAAUUUACGUAAAAGUUUAAUAAAUCGUCGUGAUACACAAGAAAUACAAUAUACAAAGCUAAUACCAGUACAUACAAUUGAAGCUAAAAGAGAUCCAUUAAUGACAAUAAGUGAAACACUUGGUGCACUUAAUACAGUUGGUAGUUAUAUUGUUAAUAUGACACGUGGUGGUGAAAAUUCAUCAAAUCCAUCAAAAGAAUUACCAUCAGCAAUUUAUACAAUAUCUAAAAAUAUACUUGGUAGAAAUGUUACUGAUAGUAUUGCACCAUUAGUUAGAGGUGUUAAAUUAUCUCCAAAACAAACAACAACAACAUCAACAACAACAACAACAACAACACCAUUACCAUUUAUAUUGACAUCUGAAUCAUCAAGAAUUGAUGAUAAUAGUGAAUUAAAUACUGUUAGAGAUAAAGAAUCUGGUUCAUCAUCAUCAUGUACAACUGCUGAUGGUGGUAAUGGUAAAUGUCAAGAUCUAAGUAAUUGUCCACAAUUACUUUUAGAUUUAACAAAAUUACGUCAAUCACUUUGUUUUAAAAGUUUAUUUGUUCCUGGUGUUUGUUGUCCAAUUGAUAAACCAGAAUCAACAACUUAUCCAAGUCAAACAUCAAGCACGUCAACUGUAAGUGAAAGUGGACGUCCCACUAGACCACCAUAUAGACCAGUCAAACCAGCAACACCAAGACCAAUACCUUUAUUUCCAAUUACAUCAACGCCAACAACAACAACAUCUGUUAUACUUCAACAAUUACCAGAUUUAUUUUUAAAUACAACAAAUGAAGUUAUUGAUAAUAUUGAUAAUAAUUUUAUUCAAGAUGAUGAAGAAUGUGGAGUAAGGAAUGCAGGAAAAUAUCGUGUUGUUGGUGGUGAAGAAGCUUUACCAGGUCGUUGGCCUUGGAUGGCAGCAAUAUUUCUUCAUGGUACUAAAAAAACUGAAUUUUGGUGUGGUGGAUCAUUGAUUGGUCCACGUCAUAUACUAACAGCAGCUCAUUGUACCCGUGAUCAACGUCAAAAACCAUUUUCUGCUCGUCAAUUUACCGUACGUCUUGGUGACAUUGACCUCGAACGUGAUGAUGAACCAUCAUCACCUGAGACCUACACUGUCAAGGCCGUUCAUGCACAUAAUAAAUUUUCAAGAGUUGGAUUUUACAAUGAUAUUGCAAUACUUGAAUUGAGUAGUCCAGUUAAAAAAUCACCUUAUGUCAUACCAAUUUGUCUACCACAAGGACGUUAUCGUACAGAAAUUUUUUCUGGUGCAAGACCAACUGUUGUUGGAUGGGGAACAACUUAUUAUGGUGGAAAGGAAAGCACUGUUCAACGUCAAGCAGUAUUGCCUGUAUGGAGAAAUGAAGAUUGUAAUGCAGCCUAUUUUCAACCAAUAACUGGUAAUUUUCUUUGUGCUGGUUAUAGUCAAGGUGGUAAAGAUGCAUGCCAAGGUGAUUCUGGUGGUCCAUUGAUGCUAAGAGCUGAAGGUAAAUGGAUGCAAAUUGGUAUUGUAUCAUUUGGUAAUAAAUGUGGUGAACCUGGAUAUCCUGGUGUUUAUACAAGAGUCACUGAAUAUUCUGAUUGGAUUAAAAAUAAUAUAUUUUAGUUUUUUUUUUUUUUUUUUUCAAUUAAAUUAUAAUCAAAGAAAGUUUUUAUUUUUUUACUUGCCACACUAAAUCAAAUAUUAUUUCGAUUAUAUCACUUGAAUUUCUCUUGAAUUUUUUUUUAUUUAAAAUUUUAAAUUAAAGUAGAACACAAAUUCUAUUGUUUUAAAUAUUUUAAAUAUUUUAUUUUCAUUUUAAAUUGAUUUUUUUAAAUCACAACAAUUCGAUUGACUCAAUUUUUUAAAUAUUUUUUUUUAUUUUUCAAUCUUUGUAUAUAGAAAACAAAAAAAAUAUAAUAAUAAUUUUUUUUAUUUUUUUUAACUUGUAAUUAUUCAGGUUAUAAUUUUUAAUUUUAACAAUAAUUUUUUUUUUAUUAUUUUUAAUUAUAUUAAUAAGUUAUUUAAUUAUGUAUUAUAAAAUUAAUAAUAUUGUACAUUUUUUGUGAUAAAAAUUUUUAAAAUUACAUUAUGUAUUAAAAGAAAAAAAUCUGUCUUUGUUUUAUUUUUAAUUUAGUAUUUAAUUAGUUUAUAAAUUAAUAAUUAAUAAUUAAAUUUCAUGACAAUUUAAAAAACUAUGUAAAACAUAUUUAUAUAUAGAAAAAAAAAAUACAUUUGAAUUAAUUUAAGACAUA